AUGGUGCGCGGAAACUCUCUAAUUGACGACUUGAGGCUUCUUAUUAAUAAUCCUCGAUAUAGUGAUUUAGAAAUCAGGUGCAAGGAUGAUCUUGUCCUUUAUGGCAACCGUGUAAUUCUUGCUGCUCGUUCCGAAGUGUUUGAGAGGAUUCUUUUUACAGGGACAAGGGCUUCUGACAAACAAGUUUCGUUUCCAAAAAUAGAAGCAUCAUCUAUGAAAGUUAUUCUUGAAUAUUUGUAUACAGGAACAGUUCUGGAGAAGGGCAUUACUAUUGAAGAUGCUCUCAAAACCUUGCCUGCAGCUGAUUUCUUUCAAUUAGAAAACCUUCAAGACCUUAUUUCAGAAUACAAUAAGAAAAUGUGUGAGAAAGAAGAAAAUAGAAAUCGAUUACCCGAAUUAUUAUCUAACGCAGUUCAGUUGAUGUCACCUUUAGCUGAAAAUGGUGUCGUUGAUUAUUUAGUAGAUUCAGUGGCUAAAAUUCCUUUGGAUUCCAUUGGAUUUAAUAGACUGUCACUUCAAGGUUUACAAUGCUUGUUAUCAAAGAGAAACGAAGAGAAAACAUUUAAUUCUAGCGAAUAUUCUGUUUUACGAUAUGCAAUUUUAUCAGCUGCAAACAAAGUAUCUCAAGAAGCAUUUUCUAUUCUGGAAAAAAGGUUGCCUCCGUGGAAUGAAAUCAAGGAAUCAGCUCUUCAAGAUAUUGAUAAUAAUAAUUCAAUAGAAAAAACACUUGGCGCAUCGAUUGGCGAUAUUAUAAAUCCUGUUAUAGAGCAUAUUGAUUUUAGAAGGAUCAAAGGAAUAAUCCUUGCGAAAAUAAUUGAACCGUUAGAUAUUAUUCCGUAUAAUAAAAUCAUGGAUUCGUAUCGAUUUCAAGUCUGUAAAGAAAAUCCAUUAUCAGAAUAUUAUGGUUAUUUUCGAAUUUCUGAUAUUAGAUGGGAUAGAAAUGGUUGCGGUCUAGGUCUAAAUAUUAGUGAAUAUGGUCGUACGGUUAACGCGCCUCAAAAUAUAACCCAGCAUCAAAGUGUAAGAACAAAUUAUCUCAUGAGUAGUGGAGCUCAUGAAUUUCGUAUCUUAAUCGAAAAAAAUUGUGCCUAUGCUUUUGUGGGCAUUUGUGGUGAAGGCCUGAAUUUUUCUACUUUUGCUGGAUAUCAACCAUACGGAUGGGUUUUAAGUUCGUCCGGGGACUGCGUUCAUGAUAAUGAUAAUGGAAUCCAUAUAACUCCAACCUUCCAACAGGAUAACGUGAAAAUAAUUGUGCACCUAAACAUGGAUGACAAGACAGUUGCCUUUUCAGUUAACGAUACAAGAUAUCCCCCAGUUGCAUCAUGGAACAAUCUCCCACGAAACCUUUAUUUUGUUGCGUCGCUUAGAUAUCCAGGAAAGUUUAAAAUUUUACCACCAGAAGUUUAA